AUGGGAAUCGCCGGCCUUUGGCCAUUACUGGAGCCAACAUGUCAACCAGUUUCUUUAGAAGCUUUGGAAGGAAAAAUUCUUGCUGUUGACGUUUCUAUAUGGAUAUAUCAAGCACAGCUCGGCUACCCAGGCGACAUUCGUUGCCCUCAUCUAGCACUCCUGGUGUCACGAAUGUGCAAACUACUUUACUAUAAGAUUAGACCUGUAUUCGUAUUUGAUGGGGAGGGCGUACCGUCAUUCAAGAGAAAGGUCUUGAGCGAACGUCGUCUUAGGAAACAUGCCGAUGACAUGGUCUUAACUGAAGCUAAAAAACGACACCUCUUGGAUUUUGCUUCCGGCUCUCAGACUCAGUCAGAAAUAGAGGUAGUCCGAGAUAAAUUGUAUGCUACUACGUCGAAACGGCAACGGUUCGAAAACGAUCUUUUUGACAUACUCCCUCCCCAACCCAUUGAAGUUAUUGAACUGAGCGAUGACGAGGAAGAAGUGGUGGUUCUGGAAGACAAACGGAAUGAGAGAGACUCACCGCCCGUUCGCGCUAUAGAUUUUUUAAUGGAGGAAAGGGAACGUAUCAGAGCAUCUCGACUUAAACCAUCGCAGAUUCCAUCUGACUCCAAAACCUUCAGCGACUUCCAACUCCAACGACUCCUUGUACGAAGUCGACUGAACAAUGACAUUCAGCAAUUGUGCGAAAAUCGCGAUCUCGAGCUGCCAAAAGAAUAUCUACCUGAUUCCUAUUCUCAACUUCCUUUGUUUUCGAUAGUGGACAGCGACGAUGAUGAGUCGUUCAACGAAGAUUCAAACGGACCGGAAUUCUAUAGUAAAACAACCAUGGUAGAAGACCAUGCAAAACGUAACAUUGGGCACAGAAAUGCUGAUGCAGUUAUCUUACGCACGGACGACUGGUCAUCUGAUUCCGGUACUGACGAUUUUAUUGAUGUGCCCUCUACUGACUCCGUAAUAGAGCAGUAUUUGCUCGAGGAAGAAAUAGACACAAAGAGUAAAGGGAAGCAUGAAGAGCCGUCCACCUCUGCACCGAAUACUAUGCUUAAUAGCGAGGAAGACCACAAAUCUGAUGACCUAGAGCCUUCAACUUCGGCAGACGCUGAAGAAAAUUGGGAACCGGCGUUGGAUGAUGAUCCACAAUGGAUAGAACGUCAAAACGACGGUGAAAGUGGAGCAAAACGCACCCGUGACUCUGAAUUGUACAAAGAUUUGCAGGAGUUUCUGAGCGCUUGUGGUUUUCCUUGGAUUGAAGCUCCUGGUGAAGCUGAGGCGCAGUGCGUUGAGUUGGAGCGGUUAGGACUGGUACAGGGCGUCGUUUCUGACGACAGUGAUGUUUGGGCAUUCGGAGUGAGGAACGUAUAUCGACAUCUUUUCUCGAAGAACAAGAACGUGCAACAUUAUCAGUCACGCAUCAUUCAGCAGUCUUUAGGAUUAUCACGAUCAGAUUUUGUCGGAAUUGCUCUACUUUCUGGAGGCGACUACUCUUCUGGUUUGGCAGGAGUCGGGGUCGUCAACGCUAUUGAAUUACUUUCCGAAUUCGCUGUGACACGAUCCACUGGUGAAGAUAAAUCUCAGGAGCUUGAGACACUCUCAACAUUGAAGAAUUUGGAAGAGUGGUUAAAGACGCUUAACUGUGAUGUGGAGGCUCCUGAGCCAGUACCCAUUCGUCGGAAGCUUCGAACUCUUAUCAAGAAAAACAAUGACAUGGAUAGAAUUAAAUCGGUGGUUAAUCCUGACAUUGUCGCUGCCUACUUCCGGCCAAAUGUGGACAAAUCAAAUGAAAAAUUCCGUUGGCGAAGCGUAGAUAUUGAGAAAGUACGAUCGCUGUUAUACAUGAGACUUGGAUGGGAUGAUACAAAGUUUGAGAAGCAAACUCUCAUUGCACUCCAACGAUGGAAUGAAUUUAUCACACACAAGGCGUCCUACCAACGUCACAUUACAUCCUAUGCCCACAAUCUCCAACAAUCUCCUAGUGAACAAAAAACGACAUUAACAAAACGAAUGGAAGUGGCAUUGGCUAAUUUGGCGAGGAGAACGGGUUCCUCUUCAAACCUCGCUGCGAUUUCAACGCAGCCAUCAAAACCACCGGUGGUAAAAUAUCCUAAGAAGAGAGGAAGACCUUCAAAAAAGUGCAGCAAACCAUCGCAGCGUUCUUCGAGCCCACAAGAUUUGAAAUUAUCGGAGGAGUCUGAUUCUGAUGAUAUGGCUUGA